AUCCCAUCCUCGAAUAAUAUUUCCGUAUAGCUGCGUGUCUUCUAGGUAACUCCCUUCGAAUGCGUAAAUUUGACGUUCCAGGUUAGCAAGUGUUUCCUAUACAAGGCGCAAAUAUAAACAAUGAAGUUUGCAGUUUAGAAGGCGAUGCUGGCGGCCAUUAAAUUUCAGUUUUCGAUAUUGCCCACCAUGUCGCUAGCGUUCAAGAUUGCAGACAACAUUGUUCGAAUGGCGGCAAUCAAUAAAGAAAACUUGAAGAGUGAGUCGUCCGAUUUGAAAAUUAUCGAACAAAAUGUAGACUUUGAUGUAAAACCCAAGAUUGGCUAUGUUUAUUCACCAAAUUUGAUUCAGCAAUGUAACAGAGUACCAAAUCUCACACAAAGGGCAUCGUUAGUUCAUCAUUUAUUAGAGUCAUAUGGCCUUCUGGAACAUGUUUUACUAUUAACUUGUGAUAAGGUUGAUGAUGAUGUUAUGAGAGGAUUUCAUUCUUCUGAUUACCUUGAUUUCCUGAAAGGUGAUGUGGAUGUCGAGGAUGAAAGCAGUGAAGAAUAUGGUUUGGGAUAUGACUGCCCACCACUUGAGAACAUUCAUGAUUUUAUUGCAGUGAUAGCUGGUGGAUCUGUGGCAGGAGCUAAAGCUCUUGUUUCUGGUUCUGUUGAUGUGGCUGUAAAUUUCUGUGGUGGUUGGCACCAUGCCCAAAGAGAUAGUGCCUCAGGAUUUUGUUAUAUCAAUGACUGUGUUCUAGCCAUACUCGAAUUGGAAAAAAAAUUCAAACGGGUACUCUAUAUUGAUCUUGAUAUUCACCAUGGAGACGGAGUGGAAAAUGCCUUUGUGUACAGUCGCAAAGUUUUUACGUUAUCGUUGCACAAAUACGAAGAAGGCUACUUUCCUGGAACAGGGGCAGUCCAAGACGUUGGUUUAGGUCAAGGCAGGAACUAUUCAUGUAACGUCCCACUCAGAGAUGGAGCUUGUGAUGAAACUUUCAUCCACGUUUUUGAGACCGUUCUCCAAAAAGUAAUGCAGCGCUUUCGGCCGGAAGCUAUUGUGUGUCAAUGCGGUGCAGAUGCCCUCGCUAACGAUCCAUUAGGAACAUUUAACUUGACACCGGCAGCAUACGUCCGCUGUACCGCUGUCAUUCAAAGUUAUGGAUUGCCCAGUCUGUACCUGGGCGGGGGCGGCUAUCACAAGGCAAAUGCGUCCCGUUGCUUCACAACCAUUUUGGCGGUUCUAUUAGGCGAAAAACUGUCUACUGAUAUUCCUGAACAUGACUAUUUCGAUUGGUACGGCCCAAGUUUCGAAUUGAACAUAAGCAAAGGUCUUCGACGGGACGAAAACAGUUCCGAGUACAUCCGCAUCCUUUUACAGCAAGUUUUGGGCAACUUGGAGCUGAUCGCUAGCGAAUCGUGAACGUCUCGGACCGUAAGAAUCCCCCGCUCCAUUAUUUGAAUUGUUCAGAAGUUUUCCCAUAAUCAGCAUUUUAUAUAAGCAGCGCUAGACGACAAUUGUGAACGGUGACGCCAACCAUUUUAUAGAUUAGAGCCAUUAUCGAAUAUCUGAUGUCACAAUAGUUAGACGACGUUCCUUACCUUUUCAUAUUUGUUUUGGUUUGCGGAUCUCAUUCGGAGACUUGUAAAAAUGUGGACUCAUUGUAACAGUAAGGGAUUUGAUGGACAGCUAUAAUCACGUGGAAUUGCGUGGAUGUAUUUCAGACCAAGCUUUAUCGUUGACAUGUGAAUCUGAAUAUGGACGCGUGUUGCCUAACUGUUGUCGAAAUCAUCCACCUACACUGUGCCUACACUAUUGUCGCCUAUGAUGUUGAAUUUGAUAACACCUGAAAGAGCAAAGGGCGA